CCGGAAGUAGACUUCGACCCACUCUUUUCUCUUUGCUCCGUGGCAUUUUGCUGCUCAAGCUGCAGCUGCUCUGCUUUCACCACUAACUCGUGGCUCUAAACACGGACAGGGAUGGAAACAGACAGGAGUAGGUGAUCAUCACAAGGAUUUGCACGGGACCAAUGUAUGAAAACACUGAUUCCUUUGAGACCAGAACCAAGACCUUCACAGUAAAAUGACACAAAUGGCCCUUUGAAUCACUAAGAUGUGCACACGUAUAUCAUAACAAGUCAUGUGAUCUGUGGGGAAAGGGAAUGCAGACUUGUCAGCUAUAGCUUGCAUGUGAGUGUGAUGCCCAGGCGGGGGUUGCCGCUCCAGGGCCGGGUCCGCUGGAUCUUCCUGGGGCUCUUCCUGCUGCUGGUGCUGCUGCUGUUUGCAUACCUGCUGGAGUGCACCCCACCGGCAGAUGUCAGUCUGGUCCUGCCCGGUCCAGCAGGAGAAACCUAUGGUAAGGAGUAUUACCAGGCCCUACUGCAGGAACAGGAAGAGCGCCACCUGAGCCGUGCCACCAGCCUCAAACGUCAGAUUGCCCAGCUCAAGCAGGAGCUGCAGGAAAUGAGCGAGAAGCUGAAGCUGCUGCAGGACAAGAAAGAGCUCCCUGGGGUGCAGGGCCUGGCAGAGACUAAAGACCAAGAGCCGGGAGAUCUGCUGGAGUAUCUGCACUCUCAGAUUGACAAAGCUGAGGUCAGCACCGGUGCACGCCUGCCCAGUGAGUACGCCCUGGUUCCCUUCGAGAGUUUCACCACAUCUAAGGUGUAUCAGCUGGAGAUGGGGCUGACACGGCACCCAGAGGAGAAACCUGUCCGCAAGGACCGCAGAGACGAGCUGGUGGAGGUCAUCGAGGCCGCACUGGACAUUAUAAACAACCCUGAUGAGGAGGACGGUAUGGAAGAUGACAUGCCAAUGCAGAGACAAACCUACACAGAGGUCCACUUUACUGAAGGGCUGUACAGGACAGAGCGAGACAAAGGUACACUUUAUGAGCUCUUCUUUGCCAAAGAGGAUUCCAGCAGCUUCCGUCAUGUCACACUCUUCAGGCCUUUUGGUCCUCUAAUGAAAGUCAGGAGCACCUCUGUAGAAACAUCGGGAAUGAUUAUUAACAUCAUCGUUCCGCUGGCGGGCAGAGUGGAAACUUUCUCACAGUUCUUACACAACUUCAGGGAAGUGUGCAUACAGCAGGACAGACGUGUGCACCUCACAGUGGUUUAUUUUGGGCAUGAAGGUCUUCAAGAGGCAAGGUCAUCUUUGGAAAAAAUGUCAAGGGAAGAGAACUUCUCCAAUUACACCCUGAUCCCAGUGGAUGAAGAGUUUUCUCGAGGUCGGGGACUUGAUAUUGGAGCCCAUGCCUGGAAGCGAGGCGACGUAUUAAUGUUUUUUUGUGACGUUGACAUCCAUUUUACACUGGAGUUCCUUAACACCUGUCGUCUGCAUGCUGCCCCAAACAAGAAAGUCUUCUAUCCAGUGGUGUUUAGUCUGUACAACCCUGCCAUAGUCUAUGGAAAUAUGGAGCUGGCUCCACCAAUUGAACUCCAACUGAUUCACAAAAAAGAUGCUGGAUUCUGGAGAGAUUUUGGGUUUGGAAUGACAUGUCAGUUUCGCUCAGAUUUUCUCAAUAUCGGAGGGUUUGACCUUGAAGUGAAAGGCUGGGGUGUGGAGGACGUCCACUUGUACAGGAAGUAUCUACGGAGUGACAUGAUAGUGAUCCGGACACCGGUGUCCGGUCUUUUCCACAUGUGGCAUGAGAAGCAGUGUGCGGAUGAGCUGACGCCCGAGCAGUACCGCAUGUGCAUCCAGUCCAAAGCCAUGAACGAGGCCUCGCACUCUCACCUGGGCAUGUUGGUUUUCCGCGAGGAGAUCGAAUCUCACCUCCGCAAGCAGGCGUUUAAGACUCAGAGCAAAACGGAGGCCUGAACAAACUGCUGCGCACAUCAUCAUCAACAUCAUUCCAGCGUUUGGACUGUAAGGUGUGAACGCAUCACAGCAAAGACGUGUUAACACGGAUCCUUUUGCAUUUCAGUUGCAGACAAAUGAAUGUAGAGAAAUGGGCUUUGAUCUACGACAGGCUUUAGCACGGUACGGUUCAUAAAGAACGUCAGCAGGAGAACAGGUUCAUUAUCAAAUCAGACAAAUAUUUAACAGGGAUGGCUCAAUAUCACUUUUUCAUGUUUGAUACUGAUAUCACAGCCAAAAUAACACUUGUCUGUUUUACUUUUUCUUUUUGUUCAGCUCAUCCCUAAUGUUUAACAUGCAGGUGGAUCCUUACGCUUUAUUUUCAGGUAAUAUAUUUGUUGGAUUUAGCUUGACUUGGUGUUUUACAUACUGCAAACAUUGUAGUUCUCUUGCAGCCAUCUCACCUGCUUCGAAAACACCCGACCUGCAACCAGAUCCUUCACUACAUUCACUUUCUCUACUGCUAACUGCUGAAUGUGACGUCAGCCACAAGGUCUCAACUCCUUCAGGUGAUUUAUUUUCCCCUUAAAGUUUUAAAAACUGGGACAUAAAUGUUUUUAAAACUACCUGACAGAAAUGGUAAAAAGUUGCACAAAUGAAGUUAAAAAUAUUAAGUCGACCCUGUAAGAACCACUGAAUAUCCAUUGAUUCCCAACGGUGUCUGUCAAUAUUAAUCUUUGACUUGACACAGUACAGUAUUAACAAUCGUCUAUUGAGCAUAUUGUUUGUGUUACUAUGGUACAAAUAUACUGUGUGUGCAGGUUUCAGUUUGGCAUUGUGGUAAAAAGGGACCUUUUUUGUGUGUUUACCAUUAAGGCACGAUCUUCCUUUUUUUUUUUUUACUGAUGACUCGUGUCAUCAUGUGAUCAGUUUAUCAAAGUUGCACGUUGAUGAAAUAGUUUAAGAGCCGGGAGAAAAGAUAUGCUUAUAGCAUGCAGCGCUAUAAUAUCAGGACUGGAUCGACUGUUUUGUCACACACACGCACUGUUUCCUAAUUCUGGACUGAGAUUGAAUGUUACAGCCAUUCUUGUAAAUACUUUCUACUAUGGUAUUUCUUUAUGUCAUACAUGUGACUUGAAUACUCGUCAUAUGUGCCUACAUGCUUCCAAGUGUCGAGAUUGUUCUGAACAGUGUUUGAAGCUGUGUCGAUGGCUGUAGGCCUGUUCGUUUGAUUUUAAAUUCCAUUUCAUAUUGACAAAGAAUGUUUACAGCUGAAGAGUUCAGUCACAGGUUUAAGUACAACUAUCAAAACAGGAGGUACAACAGAGGAGAAAUGUUUUAUUUCCCCCCAAAAAGAAACCAGCUAUUCUACACCUGUACUGGACAAUUAAGUUUCAGUCAACAUUUUUGCAGCUACUUCAGCUUUUUGUAGAUAGUCUUCGAGUUUCCUUCGCCCUGCAGAAGAAAUGUUACACAUCUUCCUCUCAGAAAUACACAACAAUUCAACCAGCAAGAAUCCGUGCAAGGAAAUGAUUUAUUUUGACAUUUUGUCCAUAGAAUAAAACAGAGAAGGCUGCAUUGACUGCCGCUUGUCA